UAUAGUCCCCUACUCCCGGAUUUUCUCUUUUACAAACGUGAAACGUAGCACAAAUGGGGGGAAAUUGGGUUUGGCACCCGAAAAACCUCACAGUUUCUUCCACAGCAAUUACGCCUUUCAAUCUGUUUCCCUCCCUCUAAACCUUCGAUUCAUCUCAACCCACAUUGUCAAUUCGAUAGCUAUUGGGGGUUCUAGGGUUUUCGCCCUGUUAGGGUUCUCAUUCUACGUACGCUUGUUCGAAUGAGGAUUCUAGGGUUUUCACUUUGUUGGCAUGUACUUCCCCCAAGAAGCUCUUCAACUGAACAAUCGAGUCCAGACCUGGCGAAGUUGGCAUCAACAUUCCUUAUCUCGAAUAAGUGAUGUUUUUGUUACAAUCACCAUCAUCUCUGAUGUCGCCGGAAUCUAUUCUGUCAGCAAUGCCUCCUCCAUCGCCAAAGCGCACGACAAACUCAGAUGGCCAAAUUGAUUUUGGAAGAGAUAUAGAAGAAGAAGAAGAAAAAGAGGUAUGGAGUGGAGACAGUAAAGAAGAACAAGAGGUAUUGAGUGGUUCUACAAAAAAAGAGUGUGAUGAGAUAGAUACUAAUGAGGAAGGAAAUGAGGCAAUAGAAAAUUGUGAAGAUAAAGCUGAGGAACCGAAAGUGGGAAUGGAAUUCGACACACCAAACGAAGCUUAUCUGUAUUACUCAAGAUAUGCUAAAGGAAAUGGGUUUGGUGUAGCUAAAAGAACAUCGAAGAAGGGAAAAGAUGGAAACUUGAGGCAUGUAACUAUUCAAUGCAGUCGUGGUGGAAAGGCAAGGGUGAGAACGAGCAACCCGGUCAAACCACGGCCACAAACAAAGACUGAGUGUCCAGCUCGCCUUAAUGUUGCUUUAUAUCCAGAUGGAAAGUGGAGGAUAAACUGUAUUGCCUUGGAGCACAAUCAUGAACGGAGCCCGGGAAACUUUAGGUUUUACAAGAGCAAUAGGGUACUUGAUGAACACCUGAAAAGAAAUCUUGUAUUGAAUGAUGAAGUCCGGAUUAGAAUGCACAAAACUAAUGCCUCACUUCAGAUUCAGGCGGGGGAUUCUGAUAAGCUUCCGUAUCUUAAGAAGGAUUGCCACUUGGAAAAAGUUCGACGUUUACGACUUGUUGAAGGAGAUGCCGCAGCAAUCCAUAGUUAUUUCAUGAAAAUGAAAGCCGACAAUUCUGACUUCUUUUAUGCCUUGGAUUUGAAUGAAAAGGGUCGACUAAGAAAUGUAUUCUGGGCUGAUGCAAGAAGUAGGGCAGCUUGUAAAGAGUUUGGAGAUGUUGUAACAUUCGACGCAACAUUCUUGGUAAAUAAGUACAACAUGCCUUUUGCUUCAUUUGUGGGUGUUAAUCAUCAUGGCCAGUUGAUAUUAUUGGGAUGCGGACUCGUUUCUCAUGAAGACACAGAGUCAUUUUCAUGGUUAUUUAAGACUUGGAUGACAUGCAUGUGGGGUUGUGCUCCUAAAGCAAUUAUUACCCAUCAAUGUAUGGCCAUGAAGAGCGCUGUAGAAGAAGUAUUCCCUAACACCCGACACCGGUGGUGCAUAUUGCAUAUCUUGAAAAAUGUGCCUGAAAAGUUGGGAGCGUACGAGGCGUAUAAAUCAAUUUCAAGUUGUUUGCACAAUGCAGUUUAUGAUUCAUUGACAAUAGAAGAAUUCGAGGAUGCUUGGGAUGCGUUCAUCACAAAGUACGAACUUCAAAGUGACGAAUGGUUACAGGGGUUAUAUUUGGAGAGGAAACAGUGGGUGCCUGCUUUUGUGAAAGAUGUAUUUUGGGCGGGAAUGUCAUCCACACAAAGAAGUGAGAAUAUGAAUAGUAUGAAUCCAUAUUUUGAUGGUUACAUCAAUUCGAAGACGACCUUGAAACAAUUUGUUGAGCAGUAUGAAAAUGCAUUGACAGAAAAGGUGGAAAGUGAAAAAUAUGAAGAUAUGAAAAGUGUGAACUCUUACAUUCCGUGCAUAACUGAAGAUGAGUUGGAGAAGCAAUUUAAAAGUGUUUACACGAAUGCGAAGGUUAAAGAGUUUCAUGACCAAUUCAUCGGGAAACUUAAUUGUUCUUUGCAUGAAAGAAAAAUAUGUGAUGUUUGGUCGGAAUAUGAGGUAAAAGAAUGGGUUAUAUUUGGAGAAGAGAAAAAGAGAAAACGUGUGUCAUUUACUGUCGAUUUUAAUGGUGAGACCAAUGAAGCAAAUUGUAAUUGCCGAUUGUUCGAGUUUAGGGGAAUGUUGUGUAGACAUCAAUUGAUAGUGUUCCAUGCAAGGGGAGUACAAAGAGUACCUAACAAGUAUGUCUUGAAAAGAUGGAGCAAAAAUGUGAAAAGAGUCCACACUAAAGUUCGGAUCAACUACGAUAACUCGUCAACGACAAUUGAAGCACGUCGGCAUGACAACAUGUGCAAUCUAUUUAAUGAGGUUGUCGAUUUGGCAGAAGAUUUUCAAGAGAAGUAUGAUAAGGUGAUGGGAUGCCUACGUGAGCUAAAAGGAGAAUUGAUUGAAUCUUCGGUUGUUUGUGGAAGUAAUAUGGUUUCCGGUACUCCCAAUGAUUCAUUUUCACUUGGAGAUGGAGUUCUACCUUCCAAACAAAGCACGAACAUACUUGACCCGAAAGAUAUUCGUCCAAAAGGUAGACCCCAGUCUAAAACGAAGCAAGGUGGUGUUGAAAAAAUUGUUAAGAAGAAAAGAGAGAGAGAAAAGAAGACAUUGUCUAACGAAAAAGCCAAGGUGGUUGAGGAGAUUGGGAUUGACCAUGUGGUUGGGACACAAGAGAGUGUUGUAAAUGUAAAUAGUUACCCAAGCUACAUGGGACAGUUGAUGUGGCCAAACAUGAUGCCCUAUACUAUGCGACCAAAUAUGGUACAAGGCAGAAGCAUCCUCCCAUUUUCUUCAAGUUUAUGCCCAACUGGAAUAGGCUUUAAUCAAUCUAUGAAUAACUUUCCAAGUUCACAAAGCAACAUACCAAGUUUACUCAAUAAUCAGGUUUGGAGAGGACAAUCAAGCAUUACGGGUAGUCAAGUUCGGGAAGGAGGACAAUCAAGUUUUUUGGAAGAUCAAGAUCAAGGUUAGGGAGGUUCACAACCAAGUUUAAUGGUAAGUCAAGGGCAGAGUUGGGGAGGAGGAUAACAAAGUUUUGAUAACUGCAAGAGCUAUGGUGAACAAUAGAAAACUUGCUUGUUGGUUUUGUUGUGAACAUUUUAUGACUUUUUUGGCUGAUAGAGAUUGCUUUGGAGCUUGUUGAUGGAUUUCAUAAAUGGUGCUCAUACUGUGUUUGGAUUUGUGAUGCUGGAAAUUUUGGCAUGUAUGGGAUUUGUAAGGUAAACUUGGAAGGGAUUUGUAAGGUAGACUUGGUAGGGAUUUUUGGCCAAUAUGAGGUAUGGUGCUCAUACUGUGUUGGUAGCUUUUUUAUUCAAACCUCUAUGAAAUGAUUUAAAUGA